UGGGAUUGGGAUGCCAGCUGGAAACAAUUCGCUUAGGCAGGUUUCGUCAGUGUCCAUGAUUCAUGGACGUUUGCAUCAGCUGGAUGCAGCACAGGCUGCACAGCAUAGCACUUUUGCCGUUCUACAGUAACCAGAAAUUACAAAAGUAUUCCAUAUUCUCCGCCCAAUGUUUAAUGCACAGGGUUCGAGAGGUCAACUGAUUCACAAAUGACGUUCCGCGUGAGUAAAUCAGCAGAUGGAGAAAACGAGUGGAGAAGCAAUUCAGGAGAUUCAGGGAAUUGUAAGCAGAAAAUAAAUUAACGAGAAAGCUGAAAGCUGAAAAUGUUGAAAAUACUUUGUGUAAGCAUAUGUAACAGUUGCAACCUUCCCGGUCUGGCAGCGCGAUUUGGCUUUAUUUUCUCUCAUUGAUGAAAAUUCUGUGUCAGUCAGUCUGUCGAUUCUGUGAGGCUGCGAGCUAUUACUGUUUUUUGUCUUUUUGACUUGAUGAUAAUUACCAAGGAUGAUGAUAAUCUCGAUGGGAAAUAAUUCGCACUGAUUAAAAGAGAUCAUUUUGGUUAGAAUAAUCGCCAGACUUUCCAGCGGGUGUCGUGUUACUAGUGGCAUCAUCUCCGCGGCUCCGGCUCAGAAAUAGUUCUUUGGUUGUUCCUUCGACAGCGACGUCCUCUCUAUGUGCUGCGUGCUGUACGGCUCUGUCAGGCGCCGUUGCUGCCGUCCUGCAGGCGAUGACACUCACUGUCUGCAGGCAGCGUUAGUCCUCUCCGCAGUGCACCACAUCUUGCACAUACUACGCUCAGCGCUCCGUGGACCGCGAUGAUGCGGCGCACACUGGCCGGUUCCCUGUACUGGCGCCGCGGCUGCGGGCGUGCCGCGGGCGCUGUACGCCGCAGUGCGCUGCGCCGUCCCCUCCGGACCACCCCCGCCGCCUACCAGACCGUCGCGGAGGCGGAGGCCGGCCUGCCCCUCUACGACCACAUCAUCAACCAAACGCUGCGCGCCUUCACCGAGCAGGUCCCCAUCUGCUGGCGCUAUCUCGGACGCCAGAUUGGUUCGUUGCAGUUGGCCGGCAUACCCUGCGGAAUUCCCAACGGACAGGUCCCCGUCCGUCGCGAGGGGACGAAGCCUGACACCGGCGGAGGAGCGCGGCCGGGCGGUUGCCUCCUCGCGUCCGUCGGCAGCCGGUUCCCGGGCGCUGUCCGUCGUCUUCCCCUCGUGAGUCCGCGCUACAUGACUGUCCGGCGCAGCUCGAAGGCAUUCGUCCCGCAAGCGCCGGUUACCCCGGCUGACGCGCGCGAUCUAAUCGAGAGACUCCGUGAGAAACUCGGCGAGGCUGACGGUCAGUUGUGGAGCAGUGUGCCGUAUCAACUGUCGGGUCUGACUGACCUGGUUGGCGUUCGUUUCGCAGAAGACAGUGCGGAGGCCAGCGCCGAGUCCGGCUCAUUCCCGGUGGAGGAAGUGGUCGCUGCGCUGCAGCGCGAGGGAUACGCGGCCGUCCGCGUCCAACUGGCGCGGCUGUUCAGCGUGGCCGAUGAGCUGGCCCCCCGGCAGUGCUUGCGGCUGGCGUCGGCCUGCCAGCUCAUCCUUUUGCAGCGCCGCUCCCGGCUGAAGGUCUUGUCGGCGACGCUGACCGCCCCAGGGGAGCUGUCCGACACUGCUCAACGCGCGCUGCAGGACUGCGUUCGCGCGGAGCGACAUAUUGUUCUGGAUGUCGCAGGUAGGCUGAAUAAUCUCAUGGGCUACGCCGUUGAACAUGAAUUACGGGAGGAGCUGCAGAGCGCGGUGGAACCGUUAAUCGGCCAGUUGUGGACCGGUGGCAAUCGCGAAGAGAUGACCUCCCGCCUACUCACCGGGCUGGACACCUUGCUGUCCGCCGUCGGCUGUUUGAUCAGGGGACACGAGCUGCCGCCGACGCUGGACUUGCUGCAGAAACCCCCUUUGAUCCGUGACCUCGACCAGCUGGCCGCCCUCGUCGAAGCCAGUGUCUUUCCGCCGGAUGUCCAGUUGGCUGUGGGUCGGCACAGUGAUUACGCGGACGCCGAGUGGCGCUACUUCGUGGACCACUACGAUGGACCCUGUCGGAUUGCGGUCCAUAUGGGCUGGGUGUACGCCGUUCUCCGCGCCACCUCCGUCCACGGUGGCGCCGCCAGCGAACUGAUGGACGCCGUCAAGAGGGGGUUAAACGCCAAGAGACAGGAUUUCAUGUCGCAGACGGAGGUGGAUCUGAAGGAUGUCGUGGAUCGACUGGGCUGUGGAGUCUUACACCCGCGUAAACCCGCAGCGAUAGUGGAGUUCUCGGGACUGGUGACAGGAGAAUUUAACGAGAAAAAUCCGGAUGUCCUCGUCCUGGAGAUCGCCUUUACCCAUGAGCAGCAUGCCCUCCUGUUUAUCGAGGCGGCCAAUUUGUUGGGCCCCGCGACCAACUUCCAGUAUUGUCUCGCUCUCAAAGUAAACGACCGCUCCCCCGAGACGUCGCCCUUCUACGCCGCACUCUACGUUUUCAAACGUGUAGCCAAUCCGUGUACUAAGCCGCCGACGCGCUCCACCAGCUGCAGACCGGCCCACGAAGGCCUGCCGGUGGGGAGUGGCCAUCCAGCGGAGUACGAGGUCAGCGGAGAGCGCGUAACUAAUGAGAAAGCAAGGAACAUGUCUGUUGCCGAUAUUCGGCGCAUUUUCGACAUGGAGAUGGUCUUCAGACACCGCGCCGACGACAGCAAUUUGAUGGAUCCCGUGGAGUUCCGUCUGGACAUCCAGUAUCCGGAUGGCUCGUGGCAAGUGUUCAGCAUUUCCCUUGGCAUAUUUUUCCCGUAUGUGAGAGGCCUUUGGGUGCAAUACUUUAAAAAGCAAGCCGAAAUAAAAGCGAUCCGGAAGUCCGGGGCCAAGUAAAGAGAGGGCGUGAGGAGGAUUGUGAUGUUGAUGCUUUGUAUCUCUGCAUAUAGCACUGUGACAUUGGCCUGAAUUAUGCCAACUCUUUUGUGUUUCGAGCAUCGUUCGAUACAGCUGUGCGUUAUUUCCCAUAUUUUUCCCUGUUAUGUGCUGUAAAAAACUGCAUUUAUCGUAUUCCAUUACUUGCUUUUUUCUUCGGUCUGCAUGGACAAGUCUUCAGUGCAAUCAUGGCCUACUGAAACCAGAAAAUUAAAAUGUGUUAAAUUUCA